AUGGCGGCGGACGUGAGCGACGCCGCGACCGCGUUCUUGACCGCGCUCGACACCUCGCUCGCGCGCGCGUGGCGAGACGAGGACCGGGAAUGGCGAAAAGAGGACCGGGCGUGGCGACGAGAAGAUUUAGAAUUCAGAGUGGAGGAACGAGACUGGUGGGAGCUCGAGCACGUGCAUCGGGACGAACAGCGGCGAUGGCGACGGCAGGACGUGGAGCAGAGAGUGUUGGAGAACGCGCGGUGGGUGUGGGGGCGAUACACGGAGAAGAACCGGCGGGACGUGGAGGAGAAGGGCGAGCAGUUGCGGACGACGAGUAAUUUGUCGGCGUUGAUCGCGGGAUUCGCCGUCGUGGCGUUGAUUGAGUUGCAGUUUAGCGAUCCGACGACGAGGCCGGAUCAGAGCGAGGGGUUGAUCGUGGCGUUCGCGUGCGCGACGGCGGUGACGGUGGGGUUGAUGUUGAAUUCGAUGGUUUUGUGCUCAUUCAUGUUGAGUAAUAUUUUGCGAAACGGGAAGACGUACGUGAGCGAGGACGAAGAGAGCGAGUUCUUGUACGCGUGCAGAAAAUUUGCGCUGCAUUAUAAGCCCGGAGACACACCGCCGACGCCGCAGAGGAGUUUCGAGAGGUACUGGGAGACGCGGUGCGAGAGCGACUGGCGCAAGGCGUUUCGGAUGUUCACCUUUGGCGUGCCCAUGUUCGUCACCACGCUCACGAUCGCGACGUGGUUGAAGUUUUGGUACUCCAUGGUGACGUGCGUGUGCGUGACGUCGAUUUCCAUAAUCGCGGUCGCGAUUUGGUAUCGAACGCAGAACGUGUGGGGGGCGCACCUGCUCAAGCGAAGCGCGGAGACGUUUUCAAAGUCUCGAUACUUCCCGCCCGAGGGGUUACCGUUCGACUGGCACGCCAGACCGAGGAAGGCGCCUCGGAGUGGCGCCAAGUCGCCUCCCGAAAGCGCCACCACCGUCGGCGUCGGCGCUCCGUCGGCGUCCGCGAGCUUCAAAGACGACGAUUUCUUCGGCCCGUCGAACUCGUCCCUGGCGCACUCGCCCGAGCUCAAGGAAAAACCGACUGUGCAAACAACGGGAUUCGAAAGCAUCGCCAUCGAUCCGUCCGUUCGCGAGCGCGAGUUCAUUCGAGACUCUUCGCCGCGCGCCAUCGAAGCGGCGACUCGCGAGUUCGCCAAAGCCAAUCUCAAAACUCCGUUCGCGCACGACCCCGCUUCCCCACCUCGCACGCCGAGUAAAUAA